AAUUUUACAAAUUUAAGGAGUUUAAUGGAAAUCUGAGGAAUUUUUAAGCAUUUUCUAAGGAACUAGGAAAUUUGAUUGUGAGAGCACUGUAAGUGGUUUUUCCAAUGCAAACGACACUCUCGGUGCCAUAAAUUCCAUGCUCACAUUUUAAUUAAAUAAUUGUCGAGAAUGGCACUACCGCCCCGACACGAAAAUGUUGGAGGUGAUGGCGUACAGUUCAAUCCUAUUAGACAAAAACGAAAGCUUAAUGAAAGAAGAAAUGACCGUGCUGUUUCUAUUUAUGACAAGAACUUUGUCGGCAAUACAAUACCAGAGCACGAAGUGGAAAAUUUACGUUGGAUAAAUGGAAUUGAAGUUAAAGGUCUGGACUGCCCUGCACCAAUCACAAGUUUUGAUGAUCUAAAUUUGGAUCAUUCUGUGUUAAACUAUCUUAAAGAAUCAAGGUUUUUAAAACCAACACCAAUUCAAAUGCAGUCCCUGAGUUGCUCACUUACUGGUAGAGAUGUUAUUGGCCUUGCAGAAACUGGAUCUGGAAAGACAUUAGCCUAUACUUUACCAUUGGCUUUGUGGUUGAAAGAAGAAGCACCAAAAACCUAUGGACAACCUCCAAUUGCAUUGAUUGUUGUACCAACGCGUGAAUUAAUGCAGCAAGUAUUUCUUAGUGUGCAAAAUAUUUUAAACAAUGUACAUGUCAAUUGUGAACUAAACAAUGACGAGUCAGCAGCAUAUGUUUCUGCCACAAAAUACAAGGUAGUUGGUAUUUGUGGUGGUAUUUCAGUGCAAAGUCAAUGCCAACAAAUUUCUGCUGGUGUAGAUGUGGUAGUUGGAACACCUGGGCGAUUAUUAGAUCUAUGUGAACGUGGUGUUCUUGUGCUAUUUCGAGUCAAGUACUUUGUUCUAGAUGAAGUUGAUAGGAUGCUUGGGAUAGGACUUGAAGAACAAUUGAGGAAGAUGGUGGCUCUAGUUACUUCACAUGAUAGACCAUGUCAAACUUUGCUAUUCACUGCUACCCUUCCUGAAUCCUUAAAGAGGUUAGCAAGGUCUGCUGUGGUAAAUCCUGUGGAGAUCAAAGUGGGAUUUACAGAAGUAACAGCACCAAAUAUUCAACACAUAGUUGUGUUUCUACAUUCAUACGAGAAACCAAUCAAACUAUUGGAAAUUCUCUAUCAGACUCCAUUUCCUCCAGUAAUUGUGUUUGCCUCGACCAUUCAAAGAGUUGACUAUCUUGUUGAGCAUUUGAGAAAGGAACAGUUUCAUGUUGCAGGUCUACAUUCAGAAAAAACUCAAGAUUAUAGAUUUCGGCUUAUGACUGGAUUUAAAGAUGGCAAAGUGGAUGUACUUGUGGCUACAGAUUUGGCAUCACGUGGACUUGAUAUUCCUGAAGUAACACAUGUUAUAAAUUAUGAUCUUCCAGAUACAAUAGAGGAUUAUAUUCACCGUUGUGGUCGCGCUAGCAGAAUGUCAAGCAAUGGAAUGGCAACAUCUUUUCUAACACUAGAUUGUAAAAUUGCUGGUGAACUAAGAGAAUUGUUAGAAACAUUGGAACAACCUUUACCUAAAGAACUAGAAAAUGUUAAAUUGUUUGGGAAAAAUGUUUUGAUCACAGAAUUUGGAGACAGGUGCAUCUAAUGAUACAUACUCUUGUUCAGUUUACUGAACCAUGGGACAUGUAGGUAUUUGAAAAAUAAAAAAGAUAAUGAAUUUUUAAAUUUUUUUUUGCUUUCACCCAAACAAUAGCUGAUAAUUGGUUUCAGCAAGAACAUGAAAGAAAAGGAUUUUGUAUGCAUUUCAAUGUUAUUUGUACCAGAGAGUUUUAUUGUCAAUUUCAUGUUUGACACAAAAGGUCAAAAGUUCAAGAUUUAAAAUAUCAAAUUUCAAAAUAAGGGAAAAAUAAUGGUGAGACCUGGUUAUAAAAAUACAAAAUGUCUAAAUUUAAGCCGGAAGAGUUUAUGUUGGAACCAAGUGAAGAUUUAUUUGAAAGACCGAGGGAAAGAAUGAUGUGUAGGAGUGGUAACCACAGUUGAGACAGAAUCAAAUAAUAGUUUAAACAAUAACAAUGAUGAUGGAAUAGAAUGCUACAAUCUGUCUGAGUCGACCAAACUACACAAUUCUGAUGUACUACAAAAUAUGAAGUUAAAACUUGAUCAUCUUGAUGAAGGAAAACGAAAUCACGUGACUAAACCUGACAAUAACCGAUUCCACGGAUGAAUGAUUGUAUUGACCAAAUGGGAAAUGCUAAAUAUGUUUCUAAAUUUGAUUUACUAAAAGAAUUUUGGCAAAUUCCUCUUACUGAACAUGCUAAAGAAGUUUCAGCUUUUGUUACACCACAUGGCUCUUUCAAUACAAAGUUAUGCCAUUUGGCAUGCGUAAUUCUCCAGCAACUUUCCAAGGGCUUAUCACCAGUCUCAUUGCUGACAUUGAUGGUAGUGAGGGUUACAUUGAUGAUGUCAUAAUUUACAGCCAUACUUGGGAAAAACAUUUAAUGAUUAUCCAUGAAUUCUUCCAACGUUUAAGCAAAGCUAAUCUAACAGUCAAUUUGUUGAAAAAUGAAUUUGGUUGUGGCCAAGUUACUUAUUUAGGGCAAAUCGUGGGUCAAGGUAAAGUCAAACCAGUUGAUGCUAAGGUACAAGCUAUAGCCAACUUUCCAGAACCAACUACAAAGAAACAUGUCAUGCGUUUCUCGGUAUGGCGGGACACUACCGAAAGUUUUGCCCAAAAUUCUCUUCUGUCACUGAACCAUUGAUAGGCCGUGAUCUGUGCCUCAAAAAUAUGCUUUAAAAAUGAGUUUCGUUGGACACCUCAAGGAAGGUCGCAAAAUUUUCAAAAUAGAUAGAAAGUCACUUGC